CAGUUCGGGUUUUAGUAAAGGAGAUUAAUAGGAUAUAUGUCGUACAAAAAGUGAAAAGAGAACUUGAAGAAUAUAAGGAACAAAAUUUAUCAUUUGAACGAAAAUAUCCUGAACAAUUGGGAUCGGAGGCUGUUAUUG